AUGCCCGGCCCCGUGGACACCGCAAAGUCCAUUAACAAGAAGCGGAAGAGAAAGCAUGCCGCUCGCGCCGGAGCCGACGAUGAGGAGGCUCCCAAGCCCGUCGAGGCUCAGUCGAGCCCUGCAGUGAAAGCGAAGAAGGUCGCUUCCCCUGCCAAGCCUGCCACAGACAAAUCGACCAAGAAGCGCAAAGUGAGCCAUUCGCCAAGUGACGACGAGGAAAGCGCCGACGAGGCCGAUGAUGUCGAGGACAACGAGGAGCAGGAGGAUUCCAACGAUGACUAUAAGGACGAUGUGGAGGAUGUCAAUGGCAAGGGUGAAGAUCUCCCUGUCAUGGACCAAGUCCGCCUGCCGCAGACCGAGGGCGAGCUGCAAAAGUUCACCGAGUUGAACCUUUCCGAGAAGACUAUGAAGGGUAUUCAAGAUAUGGGUUUCGAGACAAUGACCGAGAUUCAACAGCGCACUAUCCCACCCCUGCUGGCUGGUCGUGAUGUUCUGGGUGCCGCAAAGACUGGUUCCGGCAAGACUCUGUCCUUCUUGAUCCCCGCGGUUGAGAUGCUCAGCGCCUUGCGCUUCAAGCCCCGAAACGGUACCGGUGUCCUCGUUGUCUCUCCUACUCGCGAGCUGGCUCUGCAGAUCUUCGGUGUCGCCCGUGAGUUGAUGGCGCACCACUCCCAAACCUACGGUAUCGUCAUUGGUGGUGCCAACCGUCGUGCCGAGGCCGAGAAGCUGGUCAAGGGUGUCAACCUGCUGAUCGCCACCCCCGGUCGAUUGCUCGAUCACCUCCAGAACACCCAGGGCUUCGUUUUCAAGAACCUGAAGACCCUGGUCAUUGACGAGGCGGACCGUAUUCUCGAAGUUGGUUUCGAGGACGAGAUGCGCCAGAUUGUGAAGAUCCUGCCCACCGAGGAGCGCCAGACUAUGCUGUUCUCUGCCACGCAAACUACCAAGGUCGAGGAUUUGGCCCGUAUAUCCCUGCGCCCCGGUCCCCUGUACAUCAACGUCGACCACCGAAAGGAGCACUCCACCGUGGAGGGUCUGGAGCAGGGCUACGUGCUCUGUGAAGCCGAUAAGCGUUUCCUGCUUCUGUUCUCGUUCCUCAAGCGCAACCUCAAGAAGAAGAUUAUUGUCUUCUUCUCCAGCUGCAACUGUGUCAAGUACCAUGCAGAGCUCCUCAACUACAUCGACCUGCCCGUGCUGGAGCUGCACGGCAAGCAAAAGCAGCAAAAACGUACCAACACUUUCUUCGAGUUCUGCAAUGCCAAGCAGGGUACCCUGAUCUGUACUGACGUUGCUGCUCGUGGUCUUGAUAUUCCCGCCGUCGACUGGAUCAUCCAGUUCGAUCCCCCAGAUGACCCGCGUGACUACAUCCACCGUGUCGGUCGUACCGCCCGUGGUGCCAACGGCAAGGGCCGCAGUCUGAUGUUCCUGCAGCCCUCUGAGGUUGGCUUCCUGAAGCACCUCAAGGAGGCUCGUGUGCCCGUUGUGGAGUUUGAGUUCCCGAGCUCCAAGAUUGUCAACGUUCAGUCUCAGCUGGAGAAGCUCAUCGGACAGAACUACUACCUCAAUAAGUCCGCCAAGGAAGGUUACCGCUCGUACCUCCAGGCCUAUGCCUCGCACUCCCUCCGUUCUGUCUUCGACGUGCAAAAGCUGGACCUUGUCAAGGUGGCCAAGGGCUUCGGUUUCUCUGCCCCACCCCGUAUUGACAUCUCCCUAGGUGCCAGCCUGAGCCGGGACAAGAAGCAAGAGCAGCAGGGCCGCCGGACGUACGGCAGCCAGCCCAAGGGGGGUAAAGGCUUGAAGUUCAAGCGGAAGCACGAUGACUAG